GUCACCAAUGCAGUUAUUUGCUUCGUUACAAGGACGAAUAAAAGUCGUGUCUAUACCCUCAAUGAUUCAAAGUGCAAUCCACGAUAUGGGAAUUAUGGAUAUUUAUCAUUAUCUUAUCGACGAAAUUUCGGAUCCUAGAGUUUCUGAUUGGCCUUUGAUGUCAAAUCCGUUUGGUAUAAUAUUGAUUUCACUCGCUUAUUUAUCUUUUGUGCUUUAUCUUGGACCACUUUAUAUGAAAAAAAGAAAAUCUUAUGCGCUUAUCAAGACUAUGAUAUGUUAUAACAUUUUUGUUGCAACUGCAAGCGCUAUUAUUUUCUAUGGCUUACUUACAUCUGGCUAUACAACACAUCUAUCUAUGGGAUGUGAACCUUUUGUAAUUUCAGAUGAUUCUAUGUCGCUCAGCAUGGCUCGAUGGGUAUGGUGGGUUUUAAUUCUAAAAAUCACUGAGCUUGCAGAUACUGUGAUUUUUAUUUUCAGAAAAAAAUAUAAUCAAAUUUCAUUUCUUCACGUAUAUCAUCACACAGUGACAAUCUUUUUGGCAUGGAUUACCUGUAAAUAUGCACCUGGUGGCAUGUGGACCUUUAUAAUGAUGCCCAAUUGCGUAGUACAUGUAAUUAUGUAUAUAUAUUAUCUUUGUGCCUGUUUGGGACCAAAAAUGCAGAAGAUAGUAGCUCCUUGGAAAAAAUAUGUGACUCGUUUGCAACUGAUUCAAUUUACUAUUAUGGUGAUCCAUACGUUUCAAGCACUUCUACCGUCUUGUGAACCAACGCGGAAACCAUUAGCAUACAUUUACAUGUCUCAAGUUGUUAUCGUAUUCUAUAUGUUCUUAGAUUAUUAUAGGAAAUCGUACUUGCGAAAGAAGAUUGAAUAAAUAUUAAAAGUAAUAUUUUAUGUAAUAAUUAGUCCAGAAGAUAUUGAAGCAAUGCAUUUACAU